AUGGCCGAUCCAUCACAGAUCAUCUCUGCCGGACACUUCACGACCGAAGAUCUGGACAAGAAGGGCCCGAACUGGGACGAAGAGGUGCGCAUGUACACGACGAGCUCGAUCGCGCCUGUGUUCAUCGUGCACGCUCUCCACACGGCCCGCCUCCUCGGCGCGGGCAGCAAGGUGGUGCUGGUGUCGUCCGAGGCCGGCAGCAUUUCCCUGCGGCACGAAAAGGAGGGCGGCGGCAACUACGCACACCACGCCUCCAAGGCGGCCCUCAACAUGGCUGGCAAGCUGCUGAGCCUUGACCUGAAAGACCAGGGCGUGAUCGUCUCGAUAGUCCACCCGGGGUUCAUGCGGACGGAGAUGACAAAGGGCGUUGGCUUUGACCAGUACUGGGACGACGGCGGCGCGGUGACGCCGGACGAGGCGGCAGCCAGCCUUGUUGCGUGGAUCGACGGCCUCGACCUGGCCAAGACGGGGCAGUAUUGGGCGCCGCGUGGACCGAGAGACAUUGGCACAGCGGAGCCCGUCCUGGGCCAGAACCUGCCGACGCCGCUGCGGCUUCCGUGGUAG